ACUGUACAAUAGCAGACGGUAAUUUACGCUUCAUCAAAAAUGGACAUGUGCCGCACCACAAUCUAUAUUUAUUUAAUGAUAUCAACAUCUUUAUCUCCAUCAGAAGGUGAUGCUUUGGAGAUUUUCCCAGCAAACAUUUUUGGAGAGUCCACAGCAAAAGCUGGUCAAAAUGUCAAGUUGAAAUGCAGCAUUUCUCAUAUUCAGAGCUCAAAUCAAGCAGUUCACAUGUAUUUGUGUAAAAAUGGUGUUGGAGAGAGAUUACAACUACUUGACAAUAAAGACGAGCACACCUUCACUCUGAGUAAUAUUUCAUUACAAGACUCUGGGAGCUACAGCUGUGUUUACUCAUUUAAACUGUAUCCUACAAAGACUGUCAGAGGAUCAGGAAAAAACUCCAUCCAUGUUCAAGUCAGUGGUGAUGCUUUGGAAAUUUUCCCGGCACGAAUUUUCGGCACCUCUACAGCAAAAGUUGGAGAACAUUUAAUAUUACAAUGCAGCAUUUCUCAUAUUCAGAGCUCAAAUCAAGCAGUCAACAUGUAUUUGUGUAAAAAUGGUGUUGGAGAGAGAUUACAACUACUUGACAAUAAAGACGAGCACACCUUCACUCUGAGUAAUAUUUCAUUACAAGACUCUGGGAACUACAGCUGUGUUUACUCAUUCACACGAUAUUAUGCGAAGAACGUUACAGGAUCAGGAGAAAACUCCAUCCAUGUCCAAGUCAACGGUGAUGCUUUGGAGAUUUUCCCAGCAAACAUUUUUGGAGAGUCCACAGCAAAAGCUGGUCAAAAUGUCAAGUUGAAAUGCAGCAUUUCUCAUAUUCAGAGCUCAAAUCAAGCAGUUCACAUGUAUUUGUGUAAAAAUGGUGUUGGAGAGAGAUUACAACUACUUGACAAUAAAGACGAGCACACCUUCACUCUGAGUAAUAUUUCAUUACAAGACUCUGGGAGCUACAGCUGUGUUUACUCAUUUAAACUGUAUCCUACAAAGACUGUCAGAGGAUCAGGAAAAAACUCCAUCCAUGUUCAAGUCAGUGGUGAUGCUUUGGAAAUUUUCCCGGCACGAAUUUUCGGCACCUCUACAGCAAAAGUUGGAGAACAUUUAAUAUUACAAUGCAGCAUUUCUCAUAUUCAGAGCUCAAAUCAAGCAGUUCACAUGUAUUUGUGUAAAAAUGGUGUUGGAGAGAGAUUACAACUACUUGACAAUAAAGACGAGCACACCUUCACUCUGAGUAAUAUUUCAUUACAAGACUCUGGGAGAUACAGCUGUGUUUACUCAUUCACACGGUAUUAUAUAAAGGAUGUCAGAGGAUCAGGAGAAAACUCCAUCCAUGUUCAAGUCAACGGUGAUGCUUUGGAGAUUUUCCCAGCAAACAUUUUUGGAGAGUCCACAGCAAAAGCUGGUCAAAAUGUCAAGUUGAAAUGCAGCAUUUCUCAUAUUCAGAGCUCAAAUCAAGCAGUUCACAUGUAUUUGUGUAAAAAUGGUGUUGGAGAGAGAUUACAACUACUUGACAAUAAAGACGAGCACACCUUCACUCUGAGUAAUAUUUCAUUACAAGACUCUGGGAGCUACAGCUGUGUUUACUCAUUUAAACUGUAUCCUACAAAGACUGUCAGAGGAUCAGGAAAAAACUCCAUCCAUGUUCAAGUCAGUGGUGAUGCUUUGGAAAUUUUCCCGGCACGAAUUUUCGGCACCUCUACAGCAAAAGUUGGAGAACAUUUAAUAUUACAAUGCAGCAUUUCUCAUAUUCAGAGCUCAAAUCAAGCAGUUCACAUGUAUUUGUGUAAAAAUGGUGUUGGAAAGAAAUUACAACUACUUGACAAUAAAGACGAGCACACCUUCAUUCUGAGUAAUAUUUCAUUACAAGACUCUGGGAGAUACAGCUGUGUUUACUCAUUCACACGGUAUUAUGCGAAGAACGUCAGAGGAUCAGGAGAAAACUCCAUCCAUGUCCAAGUCAACGAUGAUAGAGAUUCUGGGAAAGACGUCAUGAUCUAUCUUGCUGCUCUUCUCCUGGUCGGUGUUGUCUUUAUUCAAAUGUAUCGCUACAGAUUGAUAAUAUAUCAGCAUUACCAGUUGUGUCGAGUCCAAGGACAGAGUGAACCUGUAAAUUUGAGUAACAGUGAAGGUUUAGGACAAGUAAACCAGACAGUCAACAGUAAUGACCUUAACAAUGACCUUGGGGAAUACGCCACAAUACCUGAAGUAAAAGGGAACAUUGGACCGCUUACUACUUGUGAUACUGACAGAAUGGCGGUUUACAGUCUUGCUGAACCCUGUGAGAUAUACAGCUUAGUGCAUCAUCCACGUACAUAGACUUCAUUUCCAGUUAUACUUAGCAUCCGGACACCAAUCUAAUACAUAGCUCCAAUUCAGUUACUGUAUGUGAUUUAAUCCUGUCCUGCACAGUGAAACAUUUUCUAAGCAUCAGCUAUACUCGACUUUUAUCUUGACAGAAAAUGACCCGAAGACGCAAAGAGAAACCGAACAAUCUGAAGCAACAGCCAUCUAUGCAAAAGUGCUGAAGCAGAAGAAAUAAAUAAGCUGGUAUCUGACAUACAAACAGGGAAAACAUUUAAAACUUUAAAAAAUGUUUACUAUGUAAAGACUAGAACAAAACAAUAACUAAAACAAUAGAACCAGAUUUUACUACUGUUCUAUACAGUAUGUGAAGAUUUUAGAGUAGAAUCGGGACAUUAUACAUUCAAUGUUUAAACACAUUCAAUAUUUUAUUUUUCUUGCUAAAUGAGGCUGUACAUUCUUCUUAUUUUUUAUUUUUUUAUUUUUUAUUUUCUGUAUUAGCAUUUGCUAGUCCGGGUUUUAGCACAUUGAAUUGAAUUCUAUUUCUAUAGUUCUUUAACAAUGGACAUUGUGUCAAAGCAGCUUUAUAGAACAUAAGAAAUGUAGUACAAAAAGUUUACUAUACAAAGAUUAAUAUUAUACCAAAGUUUAAGAUGAAUGUUAGACAUAUUUAAAUAUGUUUGUAUUUAUUCUCAAUGAACAAGUCUGCGGUGACUGAGGUGACUUUGGUGAGGAAAAACUCCCAUAGAUGGACGAGUAAGAAACCUUGAAAGGAACAAAACACAAAAGGAAACCUCAUCUUCAUUUGGGUGAAACUGGAGGGUGUGAGAGGGUGAUAUUAUGAAUAAUGUCCUUUCUACAGUCAUAUACAGUCUGACAAUUGUGUAUUGAUUAGGAGGUUGUUGUCCUCAAAGACCCCAUGUAGUUGGCAUCUCCUCACUGAAGCUAAAGAUCUUCAUGAAGCGGAACACAACCGGAGCUGAUACAUCUCUAGAUGCCUCGUUUACUAAUUUACAUUUUAUGGGAUAAAAUAUAUUGAUAAACUUUGAACAUACAGAUUCCAUGAGAUUUUAAUCAUGAUCAUUGUGAUAUAUUUUGUGAAAUGCAGACAUCUAUAUAAUAAACC